AUGUUUUCCUUUGCAAAAAAGCUAGUCGACCGCUUGGAGGGCCAUACUACGCAAGAAUCUUCACGUCAUGACUCGUAUUUCAAAAAUGCCACUCAGAUAAACAACAAAGGGUUUGCACUUCGAGUAUUGCAUGUUGAACCUCACUCAACAGCACAUUCCAAAGGGUUUGAAUCAUGGUUUGAUUAUAUCAUCAGAAUCAAUUCGCACGAAUUGCCAAUGCAAUAUCCCAUGGCCAACUUCCCAUACUCUGUCAAUGAGGAUGGCAGUAUAAACUAUGGUUCGAACACAUCAUCUGAACAAGCAGCUGCAGUGAACUUUAAUUUGUUAGCGCAAGAGUUGCUGACUAUAGCAAAAACAAAACAAGAACUCACGCUCGAUGUAUGGAAUGCCAAAGGUGGUGUGGUGAGGCAAAUUAACGUUCCGUUGGAGGAAUUUUCCCAAGUGGAGAAAAGCGCUCAAGAUGAUGGUGAUGACGACGCUUCCACUAUCAACUUGUUUGUCGAAAAGUUCAAAAAGAUUGGCUUGACGGUGGAAUCGCAACAUUUGAACACCGCCACGUAUGUUUGGAGGAUUUUAACUACUCACCAAGGGUCACCAGCUUUUAGGUCUCAAUUGGUCCCCCAAUCUGAUUUCAUUAUCGGAUGCGAUUCUGCAUACUCCACCGAUGGCUCUGGUAAAGGGCUACUUGCAAAGGGUGGCGAAUCACUUUUGUCCAAUACCGUAUUGAACUAUUACAAUUACUACCACAAUCAAACCCAUGAAGAAUACAUUCCAAUAACACUUUAUGUGUACAACCAUGACUAUGACAUAUUGCGCCCUGUUACGGUGAACUUAUCUCGCAAUUGGGGAACUGGGCAAAGCCAAGGAAUUCUUGGAUGCGAUGUAGGCUAUGGUUUACUUCACCGUAUCCCAGAGGUUAUUGGUAAGUUUGAAAACAACUCGGUAAUUGACGAUGUGUUGUUUGAAAGCAAUCAAGACACGGAGUAUCAAGGUGAUGCAGGAGCCUCGGCGGUCACACCUCAACCUUUCGACUCCAAUGCCAACAUCAUCAACACAGCUCCGCCACCAAUGGGCUCUGUCAUGUCUUCAUCGCACCCUCCAAAAUCAUCAGGCCGAAAAAAGAAACAUGUGUCUGCACUCAACUCUGGUGAAUCAUUGAGCGAUUACAUGAAUGAGGAACUAGAGAAAUCAAAAAAGUUGGAUGAUAGCUCAAAGCCAAAAACUUCCACAGACAACGUACCCCCUCCACCAACGAGUAAGUAG